ACAGAGAGAGAGAAACACCAAAACUCAGAGAACACAAAAGCUAAUAAUAUACACAUCGAUCAUUGAUUGCACAGCUAAAGGACACCGGCAUCAAAAUCUCAAUCCGCUCCAGGGGGUUUGUUCGGUAUCAACCAACAAUGACGACUUCUGUUUGCCCUUUCUCCAAAGCUGCUCGUCCCGACAAUGCUCCUAAACAAGCCGACACGACACCUUCUGCUUGUCCUUUCUCUAAAUCUACUCGUCCUGACGACGCAAAACAAGGGGAGACGACUGCUUCUGCAGCUUGCCCUUUCUCUAAAUCCGCUGAUGCCUCUGCUCCAAGCAAAGGAUGUCCUGAAAAGGAAGGAAGAUUGAGUAAGGAGGACUCUGCAACGUUGCCUGCCAAGUGCCCCUUUGGUUAUGACUCCCAGACCUUCAAGCUUGGGCCUUUUAGCUGUAUGCUAUGUCAAUCACUUCUGUUUGAUAGCACUAGAUGUGUGCCUUGUGCUCAUGUCUUCUGCAAAGUGUGCUUAGCACGGUUUAAGGACUGCCCUCUAUGCGGUGCUGACAUCGAAAGUAUGGAAGCUGAUGAAAACCUUCAGAAGAUGGUUGAUCAGUUUAUUGAAGGCCAUGCUAGAAUCAAGAGAUCGCUUGUGAAUAGCGCAGAUAAAGAAGAUGAUAACAAGAAGGUGAUUUACGCUGAUGUUUCCAUGGAAAGAGGUUCUUUCUUGGUGCAACAAGCUAUGAGAGCAUUUCAAGCUCAGAAUUAUGAAAGUGCUAAAUCAAGGUUGGCGAUGUGUACUGAGGACAUUCGAGAUCAGCUAGGGAGGGAAGGUAAUACACCAGAGUUGUGUUCACAGCUUGGUGCAGUCCUUGGUAUGCUUGGCGACUGCAGCCGAGCAAUGGGAGACUCAAGUUCUGCAGUCAAUCAUUUCGAAGAGAGUAUUGAGUUCCUUAUGAAACUGCCUAUGGAUGAUUUGGAGAUUACACAUACACUUUCUGUCUCGCUCAAUAAAAUAGGAGAUGUUAAAUAUAAUGUUGGAGAUCUACAUGCUGCAAGGUCGUACUACAUCCGUGCUUUAAAUGUUAGACGUGAUGCAAUGAAGCAUCACCCAAAUGCUCCUUCACAAAUUCUGGAUGUGGCAGUUUCGUUAGCCAAAGUUGCAGAUAUAGACAGAAGUCUAACAAACGAAGAUGCAGCCAUAGAUGGUUUCAAGGAAGGCAUGAAACUGCUGGAAUCUUUGAAACUGGACUCUGAAGAUUCUGUUCCUCUCGAGCAACGACGUCUCUCUGUGAUGGAGUUUCUGAAGAAGCAAGUAGAGAGGCCUGAACAGUCUGCAGAAACUGCACUCUAAACUGAUGCAUGCUUACUUACCUAAGUAUAUAUAUAUAUAUAUAUAAAGACUGUAUACCUAAUCAUUCUGACGCAUUUUGUCUGAAAUAAAGGAACAAGAAAGCAAAAAUGUUGCGUUUGCGCUUAAGGAUUAAAUAAAACAGAGUGCUCUGUUUCUUGUGAUGGUUUCAAAACUGUACACACUCUAUGUGAACUUAUGAAGCAGGCAUAAUGAUUUGUACACA